UAUGUGGUUGAAGAAGCAAGGUAAGAGUUUAUUUGGCACAUACUUGCAAUGGUCUGCUUAAUGAGGCAUAGCUGGCCUCUACAUUCUGUAAUAAUUAUGAAUUUAAUAUCAAUCACAGUAGAUGUCUACAUUGUUUAUAUUAAUCUCUUCUUCACUGAAAGGCUGCACCUUCGAGCUUGGCUCAAAACGUACAGCAUCCAGGGUAAAAUGUCUUCUGAACCAGUGAACGUGAAUGACUUCAAAGAAUUAGCCAGGAAUGCACUUCCAAAAAUGUACUAUGAUUACUACGCUGGGGGAGCUGAGGACGAACACACGCUUAGAGACAACAUACAAGCUUUCCAUAGAAUCACGAUUCGGCCUCGAGUUCUGGUGGAUGUGAGCCAAAUUGAUAUGUCAACAACCAUAUUGGGCUAUCCCAUCUCUGCACCUAUCCUGGUUGCUCCCACUGCUGCACAUAAGUUUGCUAUCCCUGAAGGAGAACUAGCCACGGCCAGGGCAGCUGCUGCUGCAAACACUAUAAUGAUUCUGUCUUACUCUUCCACCUGUUCAAUGGAGGAAGUUGCCUCUAGCUGCAAUGCUGUCCGUUUCUUUCAAUUACAUAUUUCCAAACGGCGCGAUAUCUCGGCGCUGCUAGUACAGAGAGCUGAGAGAUUUGGAUACAAGGCAAUUGUCCUGACUGCUGAUACUCCUCGACUUGGAAGAAGGGAGGCUGACAUAAGGAACAAGAUGAUUGGCUUUCCAGUGAAGAAUCUUGAAGGUCUCAUGUCUAUUGACGUUAAAUCUGACCAAGGUUCAAAGUUAGAAGCUUAUUACAACGAGAUGUUUGAUGCAUCUAUACGCUGGGAAGAUAUAAUGUGGUUAAGAUCAAUUACUAGUUUGCCAAUUCUGAUAAAGGGGAUUCUCACUCAUGAAGAUGCAACUAGAGCAGUGGAAGCUGGUGUUGAUGGAAUUAUUGUCUCUAAUCAUGGAGCUCGCCAACUAGACUUUGCUCCUGCCACUGUUUCUGCCCUUGAAGAGUUCGAUUAG